AUGUUUCCUGUUCUUCUGUUGCUUCUGUUGCCAUAUGUACUCCAAUCAGUGGCAGUUAGAGCAUUCAACAAUAGGACUGAUGUAGAUUCUUUGUUGGCGUUCAAGGCAAGUGUAAGCAAUCAGCAUGGUGUCCUAGCUGCAUGGAACACAACUACUGACUUCUGUUUGUGGCCAGGCGUCAGUUGCAGCCUUAAGCACAAGCACAGGGUCAUAGUGCUUAACCUCUCUUCGGAGGGCCUUGGUGGCACGAUCUCACCUUCCAUUGGGAACCUCUCCUUCUUGAGAAUUCUAGACCUCAGAUGGAACAACUUGCAAGGUGAGAUACCUUCAACAAUUGGCCGUCUGUCUCGCCUAAGAUAUCUUGGUUUGUCCAACAACUCACUUCAUGGUGAUGUAAAUGCUGAAUUAAAGAAUUGCACCAGCCUUCGAAGAAUGAAUAUUGCUUCCAAUCGCUUGACUGGAGAAAUUCCUGCUUGGCUCGGAGACUUGUCAAGUCUCGAGGUCAUAGACAUGUUCGCAAACAACUUCACUGGAAUCAUCCCGACAUCGCUUACCAAUCUCUCAGCAGUGAAAGGAAUCUAUUUCACGAGAAACCAACUUGAGGGUGCCAUCCCUGAGGGCCUUGGCAGGUUUGGCAGGCUUGUCUCGAUGGGCCUGUCAGAUAAUCACCUCUCAGGCACCAUCCCUACCUCUCUCUUCAACCUUUCCUCUCUAAUAGGCUUGGGCAUGGCACUAAAUAAUCUGAGCGGUAAACUACCCCCAGAUAUUGGGGAUCACCUCCCAAAUCUCGUGGUCCUACUCCUUGGUGCUAACCACUUUACAGGAAACCUUCCAGCUUCUUUUGUUAACUUAACUAAGAUACGUACACUAGAUGUCUCCUCGAACAACUUCACCGGAAAAUUGCCUCGAGAGAUUGGAAUGCUCUGUCCAGCCUACCUCAAUCUCAGAACAAAUCAGUUCAUUGCAACUACCGUGCAUGACUGGGAAUUCAUAAUGUUGUUGACAAAUUGCACACGGCUCCUUUGGCUUAGCAUAGAAUUCAACCUAUUAUGUGGCGUGCUGCCUAGCUCAGUUGCCAACCUAUCAGCACAACUCCAAGUGCUAUAUGUUGGAGGCAAUGAAAUUUCUGGAGAGAUACCAUUUGGCAUAGGCAAUCUUGUUGGGCUAAAUCGAUUGCAGCUAGGUUUUAACCGAUUUACUGGUGCCUUGCCUGACACCAUCGGAAGGUUAAAUUCACUACAAUACCUGGACAUGACAAAUAACCUACUGACAGGGUUCAUGCCACCCUCCCUUGGAAACUUGACACAACUACUAAUUCUGUACACAGAUAACAACACGUUUGAGGGGACUCUUCCAGCAAGCCUUGGAAGACUACCAGAGAUAACUUCAGCAACCUUUUCAAACAAUAAGUUCACAGGCCCAUUGCCCAAAGACAUCUUUAACAUAUCAUCCCUAGCAGAUGCCCUCGAUUUGUCGAGCAAUUUCUUUCUUGGUCCUCUUCCACCUGAAGUAGGCGACUUGACAAAGCUUGCACGCCUAUACUUGUCACAUAACAACUUGUCAGGGCCCCUACCUGGUGCACUCAGCAAUUGCCAAAGCUUGACAGAACUCAGGUUGGAUGAUAAUUCCUUUGAUAGUAGCAUUCCAUUGUCUAUCAACAAAAUGCGAGGUCUGAUGUUGCUAAAUCUUACAAAGAACACACUUUCAGGCUUGAUUCCAAAAGAUUUAGGGCUAAUGGGUGGCCUAGAACAGUUAUACCUUGCACACAACAACUUGUCUGGUCAUAUCCCAGAAAGCUUGGAAAACAUGGCAUCUUUGUACCAGUUAGACCUGUCCUUCAACCUUCUGGAUGGCAAAGUUCCAUUACGGGGAGUGUUCAGCAAUGCAUCUGGAUUUUCAUUUGGAGGGAAUUUGAGGCUUUGUGGUGGUAUAGUAGAGUUACGUUUGCCCGCAUGCAAAACAAAAUCUGUGGGAUGUGGCUUUAGCAAACGCCAUUUGACUAUCACCCUAGUUACCGCAAUUGCUGGAGUAAUUCUGAUUUUGAGUUUGAUGCUUGUUUUCUUGACAAUGAGAAUGAAAUCAAAAACUCAGUCUACAACCACAAGAGGAUUUCAGUUGAUGGAUGACAGUCAUCCCAGAGUUACAUAUGCUGAAUUGGUCCAAGGAACAAGUGGCUUUGCAGUAAACAAUUUGCUUGGCAGAGGAAGAUAUGGAUCGGUGUAUAAGUGUUGUCUGCUGCUCAAAAAUAUGAUGACCACAGUAGCUGUAAAGGUUUUUGAUCUUCAACAGUCUGGCUCUUUCAAAAGCUUUCAAUCUGAGUGUGAGGCACUUAGUAAGAUCCGCCAUCGCAACUUGAUUAGUGUCAUAACUUGUUGUUCAAGCUCUGACUUGAAUCAAAACGACUUCAAAGCCAUCGUUUUCGAGUUCAUGCCUAAUGGGAGCCUAGAUAGGUGGUUACACAUGGAUGUACAUGUAACACAUCUACUCCAAGGCUUGACAUUGAUGCAGAGACUAAAUAUCACGGUUGAUAUUGCUGAUGCACUAGAUUAUUUGCACAACAAUUGUGAACCACCAAUAAUUCAUUGUGACUUGAAGCCAAGCAACAUUCUUCUCAAUGAGGAUUUAGUUGCUCACGUUGGGGAUUUCGGUCUUGCAAAGAUUCUUCCUGAAUCAACAGUUGAGCAGCUGAUCAAUUCAAAGAGCUCAGUUGGAAUAAGGGGAACAAUUGGAUACGUCGCUCCAGAAUAUGGCGAAGGUGGUCAAGUUUCUUCAUGUGGAGAUGUGUACAGCUUCGGAACUGUCAUCCUCGAGUUGUUUACAGGCAUGGCACCUACUCAUGACAUGUUUAAAGACGGGUUGACCCUGCAGAAACAUGCCCAGAAUGCAUUUCCAGGGAUGCUAAUGCAGAUUGCUGAUCCAUUCCUAUUGUCCACUGAAGAAGCCAAUGCUAAUAGUUUGCAGGAUGGCAGCAACACAAUGGAACACGCCAUAUUCUCUGUCAUGAAGGUUGCGCUAUCAUGCAGCAAGCAAGCACCGACAGAGAGAAUGUGCAUCAAAGAUGCUGCUGCAGCAAUUCACAAGAUAAAGGAUGGCUAUGUUAAAGGAAGACAAAAUGAGGAAGUUGUUAGAGCUAAUGCAAGGCAUUUUGCUGCAGAAUCAACGCCAGCACCCUAAAGUGAAGCCACACACUCACACUCAAUAAUUGGCUUUGUAGUGCUUAUAUUUGCACUUCCCGUGUGAUUUUGAUAUGUUAGUUUCU